CGACAAACGCCCGUUCCGUUCACCUUUCCCUUCCGUACCUCCUCCUCCUUGCUCCUACAUAACGCCAGAAACACGAAAGAGAAGAAAGCAAGAACAUUGACAAGAACAAGGAAGAAGACGAAGAGGAGAGAAUGACGACGCUGAUGUCCCCCGUCGACAGUUCCGACGGAUACGCCUCUACCUCUAUCGACGGCGUUUCUGAUAUCGGCGAGAAUAUGAGCAACAGCAUCUCGGGUCAGCAUCAGCAUCCGCUUUAUAAUCAUCCGGCGUCGCAGGUCCAGGUGCCCGCGUCGUCGAGUAAUGCGUCGAGCGUAUCUCCCACUGGCGUGAAUACGGGGAUGCCAUCGCUAGCCUCGAGACGGUCUUCUUCGCCGCCGCGGAGCAGUACGGACGGGCAUAGAGAGAGCAAGGAACGUGAGAGGGAGAGGGAGAGAGAAGGGAGGGACACAGAGUCAGUCACGAGCGGACACGGGCGGUCGUCGACGUCGCGGUGGAGGGAGAGCAGCGAGGAGCGGGACCGUGUGCUGGGGCCACCAGAAGUGCCGCUGGAGAGAAGUAAUACGGCGGUGUCGAGCGUGUUGAGUACGGGUGGAGGCGCAGAGUUUACGGUGGUGGAGCCGAGUUUUGAUGAGAGUGUGUUGAGGGCUUUGUGUGAUUUGGAUUGCGGCGUCCCCCUCCUCCUCGACCGAAUAAAACAAAGCAUGGUCUCCUGCCGCGAAGCCUCCGUCUUCUUCAAGAAACGCGCCGUGCUCGAGGAAGAGUACGGACGGGGGAUGCACAAGCUCGCGAAAGUGACGGCGGAAGUGUACGCCAUGAAUGACGGCAAGGCAGGUUCUUUCGUCGGCUCGUGGCAGGCGACGAUGAAGAUCCAUGAGGUCAUGGCGGAUAAUAGGAUACGCUUCGCGCAGAGGCUAAACGAAAUGAGCGAGGAGUUGGCCAAUCUCGCGAAGGAGGUCGACAAGAACCGCAAAUCGACGAAAGAGCUCGCCACCCGCUACGAGCGCAGCCUCCAAGAAUCCGAACUCCUGACCGAGAAGAGCAAGGCCCGGUUCGACGUGAGCAUCGAGGAGCUGGAACGGAUAUUGCUCCAGAAGGAGGGAGAGUCGCCGAAGGAUAAUAUCCAGGGACGGUCGCCGGGCGGGAAACGAGCGAUCGGGAAGGCGGCGGCGAAGGGGGCUUUAUUGCUCAAGGGGAAGAAUCCGGGGAAUUUGCAGAGACAGGAGGAUGAGUGUAGGCAGAGGGUGUCGACGGCUUCGGACGUUUAUAAGCGGACGGUGCAGGAGACGCAGAAGUUGAGGCAAGAGUAUUUUAAUUUUCAGUUGCCUAGGAUCUUGAGGGCUCUGAAAGAAUGCGCAGACGAGAUCGAUCUGGGGACGCAGUAUCAUCUUACGCGGUAUGCGUUCUUGUUCGAGAGUAUAAUGUUGAGCGAUGGGUCGACGUUGGCGCCUGGGGCGGCGGACGAGGGUAUGGGAUUGAAGGCGACGAUCGAGUCGAUCGAUAAUCGGUCGGAUUUCAAGGUGUACAUGCAGAACUAUAGUUUUGCGCAUGCGAAUACGUAUAGGGGCCCGAGGAGGACGGGGCCUGAGCAUGAGGGAUUCCUCCCGCCACUGCCGCACCAUGUCGACCGGACACAAGCACAACCCCCACCGCUGCUCAUCCCGCCUAGCACUUCAACGUCCACCUCGCCUAAUAACACGAAUAACCCGUAUCCGAACGGACUCAACGCGUCUACGUCGUAUGGGAAUCCUAACUCUAAUCCUUCCUUCAACGCCACGAACCCCACCACCUCCUCCACCACCACCACCACCAACGCCACCAGCCUCACCAACAACAACAACACCAACAACAACAACACCAACACCAACAACAACAACAACAACAACGUCCCACCCCCCCGCAACGGCUCCGAUCGCGGCCGGCCGACAUUCGGCGUCGACCUCGCGGAACAGAUGAUGCGGGAUAAUGUGGAGGUGCCGUUGAUUGUGGAGAAAUGCUGUGGGGCGAUCGAGAAGUGGGGGUUGGGGAGUCAGGGGAUAUAUAGGCUUAGUGGGACGACGAGUAAGGUUGCGAAGUUGAAGGAGAGGUUGGAUCGGGAUUUGGACGCGGUGAACCUCGAUGCGGACGAGUGGUCCUCGGAUAUCAAUAAUGUGACGAGCGUGUUGAAGCUUUGGUUGAGGGAGCUUCCGGAGCCGGUGAUGACGACGGUGCUGCAUCAGCAUUUCAUUGAUGCCGCCAGAAUCGAGAACCCGAGGCUGCGACAUAUUCGGCUGCAUGAGCAUGUCAAUGACUUGCCGGAUCCGAAUUAUGCGACGUUGAAGUACUUUUUGGGACAUUUGCAGCGGAUAUCGCAGUUCUCAGAGCAAAACUCUAUGACGAUCUCCAACCUUUCGAUCGUGUUCGGCCCGACACUGUUCAGUCAGGGUAUAUCGAAUGGUGCCCAGAACGGGAUCACGUUGGACCCGACGAUGCAGAAUAAGGCCAUUGAGACGAUCUUGGAGCACUACACCGAUAUCUUCAUAGACGAGUCAGAAGCUUAAGGCGCUGCUUGAGCUGAGCUGUAGAUCGUGCCUCUGGCCUGUUGUCCCAUUCCCAUGCAUGGACCGUUUCCUUUCUCUUACGUUUUCGCUGGGAUUUCAGGCUUGCCUUUUUCUUUUUCUUCCUCUUCUAACGAUAACGAUUGUUAUACCCUUCACACGCCCCUGCGGAGCCCGGAGCCCUUUGGAUCACCUACUUUCAUGUUUUCACUUAUUUUAUUUCCUCGCUCUGCCGGAUUUUGCGGACAAACCCUUGGAUCUCAUCGAUGAUUCGGAACUCUCUUCUUCCUAUGCAUCCGACCGGUUUCUGUUCUCAUUAUACGAUUAUCUUAUCAUCUGCGUCCCUUCAAUUCGUGACUUAAACUUUCUGGCCUUCGUCUUCCUCGUCCUAUGGCUGCUUCGCCUUUUCACUUUCCUUUCGCUGUUCAUAAUGUUCAUAAUCCCUGUGGUUGUGGUCGAGGCUUGGACCCUCACCCUGUCGAAAUGUAUCGUAUCGUCAAUCCGUGUACUAGCCUGUUCGUGUCCAGUGUUCGUGUUCGUUCGGUAGCUCGGUUUCUUUUGUCUUUUGUUCUCUGACUUAUUUGUCUGGUCUCGUCCGACUCCUCAUAUAUUUAUAGUCUGUCUCUUCCCUUCAAU